AUGAAGAACGACAAGUCCCUCACACCGUUCCCGGAAGAGGUCUUGUGGAAUAUACUGGAGUAUUGCUUAGAAGAUGGCAGAGAUGGGAGUUAUAUACCUCAAUCAACAUUGGCAAGUGCUCUAAGGGUGAAUACGAUAUUCUACCUGUUGGCCGGAUCUAUUCUUUAUCACUCACCGACAGUGAUGGAUAUCAAUUCAUUCUUCCUUGGGUCCGACAGAUACAUUCCUCCAGAAGGGACAAACUCGGCUUCGCGUCGAACCCUUGAUUCAGCUACUCUCGAAAGUAUCAAGAAGGGAAAUACAAAGUUACCCUUACUCAAGCAUGUCACUCAAUUCCGAUUCUUACCUAGGUCAGUCCCUGUCGAAGGAGUGGAUAUCGAAGAACAGUCAUCUUUAGAAUACUGUAACAGGAUCAAACGAGAUCAAAAAUAUUCCGAAGGUAUAGGUAAAACCUAUGAAGAUGGAUUCGAACUGGUCAAGAAAAUACGAAAUAUCAAGCGAGAAUACGAAAAGGAAGGAAGGGAGUUUUUGAUCAUGCCUAUAUUGAAAGGAAUUUCAAUAGGAUCCGAUCUGAUCGUUCAUAAUCCCGAGGAGCACAGAGUUGUUAAGAUCAUUGAAAAGCUGUAUGACAACUGGGGUACGGCAGUGGUCAAUCUUCGGUUACAUCUUUGGGAAAUACUCAAUAGGAAUGGUGAUGGUAUAGAAUGGUGUGAAUGGCAGAAUGGUGGAUUACCUUUGAUGGAACUUGAGAAUCCCGAAUAUAUCGAUCGAACUCGAAUAGUCCCUAGGGUAUUUACCAUCCAUACUGAUUUAUUGGAUAAUAUACCAUUGGUAUGGGGAUGUACCAACCGAAUUGUAAUACGUCGCAAGCACGAUGAAAACUAUUGGUCUAGAAGGAAAUAUCGUUCGUUGGGCAAACGAAUACCAGUAGAAAGUGAUUUAGAUCAUGAUACGCCUGAACCUGAGUCUUAUGAGGGUGAUGGUUUAUUACCUUACGAUGAACAUAGUAUGAUGGAGGAAUAUGAAAUUAUAUCACUCAUUUUCAACUCGAUUUACGAUUCACAUCCUAAAUGGUUCAAUAAGAAGAUCAAGAAAAGUAUAUUAACCAAGGAGAUUGAAGAUAAGACUGUAUUUGAGAUUUAUGGAUUUGAAGGUAUAUGUUUACCUGAGGAGGGCAAUUAUGAUUAUCAUUGGAUUACAAGAGGUCAGAAUGAAUGGGAUCGCGAUCCCGAUGUGGAUGUGAGGUAUGUCGACGAAGAAUUACGAAAUGCAGGAUUUCCUAUCAAUGGUUCCACGGACCCAUCGAGCGGGAGAGACCAGGGCGUUGUAACCAGUAAUUCACAUUCUGAUUCCGACGAAGAUGAUGCUGAAAAUCAUGAUGAUCAAGACGUCAACAUGAUGGACGCGGGCUUAGUAGUCCAUAAUAUACGUUUGCACUCGGUUGAUGACGAUGACGAUGACGACCAUGAUCGGUUCCAAGUUGUACCGCCACCUGGACACCCACCUACCUCGGAGGAACAUUAUGCCAAGAUGAAAUUAUGGUUAAAAUCGAUCGACUAUCAGAUGAUCAAAUCCCUACAUGAGUCUUUUCAAGAUAAGAGAAGGACAUGGAAGAAUAGUCCUGAUAGCCAAGGACCAAAGAUCAGAUAUUUACCGUUUAGAGAGUUGGCGGACUGUAAGGGAUGUGGGUUGAGUGGGACUGGAUGGGUAUGA